GGUGACGUCACACAGGGCUGUCCAGGCGAGGAGAAGACAGGCUGGAAGAAAACAUGUAACGGUGCUCCGCAUCCACCCUGCUGGGACCCAGCUCGCCUGAAGAGAGCAAGUCCCCUCAAUCACAUUGGGACCUAAGGGGGUGGCGGGGCAGGCCAGAUCCCCUUUGCCCCCCGCCCCCACAGAUGGACAAAGCCAUGAGUACAACAGGCAAAGCAAGUGGGCUCAAGCCCCCCAGUAAGAUAGCCCGUCCACCUGUGGUGGCCAUCAGGACCACCCCAUCCUCAGGAACGCCAAAACCCUUGGAGAAGUCCCCCGGCAGCGUAACCUCCCCCACCCAGGAUGGCGGUGCUGAAUUCCAGAUGGGCGAGAGGGUCUGGGUCAACGGCAACAAGCCUGGCCAUGUUCAGUUCCUGGGCGGCACGCAGUUCGCCCCGGGGCAGUGGGCGGGCAUCGUGCUGGACGAACCCAUCGGGAAGAACGACGGGUCAGUGGCGGGGGUGCGCUACUUCCAGUGCGAGGACGCAAGGGGGAUUUUUACCCGACCCUCCAAGUUGUCCAGGAGCCCGCUGCCAGAGAAGGAGGCCAACGGCAGCCAGGCCCGGCCGGUAGUCCCGAAUGCCAGAAGCGAGGCGUCACCGGCUGGAACAACACCGACAACUCAGGGCGGGAAGACGACUGCUGUCCUCAACCGAGUGCUCGCUUCCAGCGAGUCCGUGUCGAACCUGUCUGAUACAGAAUCGGCCAAGAAGAACAAGCGGGAGCUCAGGAGAGGAGAUCGUGUCCUGGUUGGUGGGACCAAGGCAGGAGUGGUUCGGUUUCUGGGAGAGACAGACUUUGCCAAAGGGGACUGGUGUGGAGUGGAACUGGACGAACCUCUGGGCAAGAACGAUGGGGCCGUAGCAGGGACCAGGUACUUUCAGUGCAUGCCCAGGUAUGGCCUCUUCGCCCCUGUCCACAAGGUAACACGCAUUGGUUUCCCGUGCACCACGCCCACCAAAGCCAAGAGCUCCCACAGGAGGUCUCUCCUGAAAAGGAGCCCUAGCGCCUCCUCCAUCAGCUCCAUCAGCUCCACCACCUCUUCCAUCAGCGGCAAACCCAGCCGAGCGGGACUGCUAACAGAGACGUCCGCCCGAUACGCUCGCAAGAUCUCAGGCACCACGGCCCUUCAGGAGGCGCUGAAGGAGAAGCAGCAGCACAUUGAGCAGCUCCUGGCCGAGCGCGACCUGGAGCGAUGCGAGGUGGCCAAGGCCACGAGUCACGCCGGGGAGGUGCAGCAGGAGCUGGUUCUGCUCAGGAAGGGCCGGGAUCAGUACACGGUGGAGAUGGAGGCCAAGCUGGACCAGCUGAGGUCCAUGGUGGAAGCGGCAGACCGGGACAAAGUGGAGCUGCUCAACCAGCUGGAGGAGGAGAAAAGGAAAGUGGAAGACCUGCAGUUUCGCAUGGAAGAGGCUUGCAUCACCAAAGGCGACCUUGAGACGCAGACCCGCCUGGAACACGCCCACAAUAAGGAGCUGGAGCAGAGUCUGCUCUUUGAAAAGACCAAAGCGGAAAAACUGCAGCGGGAUUUAGAGGACACUAGGGUGGCCACGGUGUCAGAGCGUUCACGCAUCAUGGAGCUGGAGCGGGAGGUGGCCGACCUCCAGCUACGUCUUCGGGCAUCCCGGCAAAAGGAGGACACCGUGUCUCUGUCACAGCAGCAGAUGAGCAGCCUGAGGGCCCAGGCGCAGUCUCAGGAGAAGAAGAUCAGUGAGCUGAGUGUGGACCUGGAGAGCAAAGACAAGGAGCUGCGGUCCGUGCAGGAAGAUAGGAAGUCUGUGCAGCAGCAACUAAGCAGCUUGAGGCUGAAGCUGGAGCAGGCCGAGGAGGAGGAGAACGCCAGGACGGAAAAGACCACACAAGAACUGGAGCAGAUGAAGGAUGAGGUGCGAGUGCUGCGAGAGGAGAGUCAGAGUCGAGAAAAGGAACUCCAAGCUCGCCUGACACAGCUAGACUCUCUGAAGCAGCAGAAUUCCAAAUACCAAGAGGAGCUCAGUCUUUCCCAGGAGCAGCAGCACCUCCUCCGCAAGGAAAUAGAGAUGAUGUCCAAUCAGGAUGCUGACCUCCAGGACUCCUCUGGCAUCUCGGACAAAGACCGUGAGCUGGAGACGCUCAGGAACGAGGUGGCGGCGCUACGAGGAGAGAACGCCGUGGCCAAGACGCUGCAGUCGGCCGUGGAGACGCUGGAGCGAGACAAAGCGCAGCUGCAGGAGUGCGUGGCCGGGCUGGAGCUGAGGCUGGCAGGACGCUCGGCCUCCGAGGACGGCGGCAUGCGGGAGGCGGCGCUCUCAGGCGAUGCGGCGCUGGACCAGCUGAGGGAGGAGAAGGAGUUCGCCGAGGGGCAGAUCAACUUCCUGAAUAGCGUCAUCGUCGACCUGCAGCGGAAGAACGAGGAGCUGAAGAUCAAGUUGAAGAAGCUGGCCUUGGCGGAGUUCAAUGGCAAUGAUGACAGUUUGGAGCAUCCGGAGUCCAAACGCGAGAAGAAGGCGACGCCGCGACUCUUCUGCGACAUCUGCGACUGCUUCGACCUCCACGACACGGAGGACUGUCCCACUCAGGCCCAGAGCCCCGACUCGGUGCCGCACUCCAGCUACCGUGGUAACCGGGCCGACGAGCGCCCGUACUGUGACAUCUGCGAGGCCUUUGGCCACUCCACCGACUCCUGCAACGACGACCAGACCUUCUAGAACUUUCCCAUCCAUCACACCUGCAGAUGUAUUUUUAUAAACAGGCACACACACACACACACACACACUCCAAAUAUGAUAUUUGGUGCAAUAUUUAUCCACGUUUCUAUCUAAACUAUUCUAAAACCUUCUUUUUAUCAUUUUAUCACGCGUGUGGCGUCACCUACUGGACCGAAGAGGAAGGACCUCAGACUAAAACAUUCCUGUGAAGCUAACAACCAACCGUCUUUUAGUUCCGCAGAAACUAAUACAUCCUUUUAUCGCUUAACUACCGUACUACUUUAAAAAUAAUCUCGCUUUAUUUCAGGAGCUUCCGCAAAAUUGUUACAUUAAAAAUAAUUACGUCUACUAUUUUUUAAAAUGUAAUCUUGUUAUUUAUCUAGUGCUUGUGGUUACGUCACGUUUACGUUUUGUUGACAAACUUUGAGCGACAUAAGAUAGCACGUGUUGUUGUGUUCUACUGUAGCAGCUCUCUUCUUUGCACUGUUUACACUUUAACAAAAUAAAGACAUUUAUUAAGACGCUAAUUAGUAUCCGUACUAAGGGGCGACGGACACGCUUGUUGGCGACAA